AUGAUUUCUGUGAGCAUUUUUACUUUUCUGGUUUUGGAGUUCCUUGCGCUGUGUCAAGCUUCAGUACAUACCAUUCAAAUUAAAGAUAAGCACUUUGUUGACACAGUAACGGGAAAACCGUUCUUCAUCAAAGGCGUUGAUUAUCAACCAGGUGGUUCUUCCGACGUUAGUGAAAAGCAAGAUCCCUUAUCUAAUCCGAAAGCCUGCGCUCGUGAUAUUUUAUUAUUUCAAGAACUGGGCAUUAACACAGUAAGGAUAUAUUCCAUAAAUCCAGACUUGAACCAUGAUGCAUGCAUGACGAUGAUGGCGAUGGCAGGAAUUUAUCUCAUUUUGGAUGUCAAUUCACCAUUGCAAAGCCAGCAUUUGAACAGGUAUGAACCUUGGACUACGUACAACGAAGUUUAUCUGGAGCAUGUCUUUAAAGUCGUCGAGCAGUUUUCUCACUACAACAACACCUUGGGCUUUUUUGCCGGUAAUGAAAUUGUAAACGACAAAAGAUCAGCACAAUAUUCACCUGCAUACAUCAAAGAGCUGAUCGGAACUAUGAAGAACUAUAUAAGAGCCCACUCUCCCAGGACAAUCCCAGUAGGUUAUUCAGCUGCAGAUGAUCUAAGUUAUAGGGUAUCUUUAUCCGAGUAUUUAGAGUGCAAAGUCGAUGAUAAGCCUGAAAAUAGUGUCGAUUUCUAUGGAGUUAACUCCUAUCAAUGGUGCGGUCAGCAAACUAUGCAAACAUCAGGGUACAGUACGUUGGUGGAUGCCUACAGAAGCUAUUCGAAACCUGUUUUCUUUUCAGAAUUUGGAUGCAAUAAAGUCUUGCCAAGGCAAUUCCAAGAAAUAGAUUAUCUAUUCUCUGAAGAAAUGUAUUCCGUGUUCUGUGGAGGCUUGGUUUACGAAUUUUCUCAGGAGGAUAAUAAUUAUGGUCUGGUUGAAUAUCAAGAAAAUGAUUCGGUACAAUUAUUAGCAGAUUUUGAAAGGCUCAAAUCACAUUACCAAAAUAUUGAAUUCCCUUCAAUGAAGACAUUAAAAGAAACCGUAGAAAUGGAGGAGACGCCAUCGUGCACUGAUGAAUACGAGAAUUUAGAUAUUGAAUCUAAGAUUGCUAAAGAUUUAGGAAGUUCUUUGAUAAAGAAAGGUGUGAAAGUUGAAAAAGGUAAAUAUGUAGAUCUUCAUGAGAAGCAAUUAUCUACUAAUGUUACAAUUUUGGACAUGCAUGGGGAUAACUGGAAGGGGCCCAAAAAGAUUGAAAUAAGACAGAGUUUGACAUUUACAGAUCAGGAAGGGGAGAGAGAGGAUGGGGACGAAGAGGACAAGGAUGAUCCGAAACGAAAGCACAAAAAUUCUGCUUCCAUUAUUGGCCCAUUGUUACCUCUUGGGUUGUUUCUGUUCUUUUAUACUUUGAAUAUAAUAUUCUAG